CACCAUCCAAAGCUUGUCUCAUGGCUGAUGACUCCAAUGCAUCCGAAUGGUGCUGGUUUUGGCCCAGUCCCUGCAGGCUUCUUCAAAGAUAGCGCAGACGGAUCGAUCUAGAAGGCUUUGUCGGCGUGAUCACGGCUGGCACGCUCUCAUCCACUUUGGUCAGCAGCAGCUUCAAUCCUGGCAGUCCGCGAAUGAGUGGAUGGGCUUGGACUGCCAUUCGCAGGAAGCUCUCUGUGAAAGCCAGCUCGCGAGCGCGAGAAAGCUGCACUUGCCGAUGAAGUCAUCGCAGCGAGGACUACAUCCCUCUUCGUCGAAGAGUAUGUCUGCGGCAGGCCGCUUGGCUGCUUUGGAGCGGCUAUCAUGCUCGACCUACGUGUUUUCUCGGUCCUCUUCUUCGGGGCCAUGGAAGUGGCACUGCAUAUCUACGCCUGCCCUCCACAGCUUUGCAGCAGCACCAUACAAGGCCCAACUCCUGGUCCAUGAUGUGGCCUUUGCGUCCUCUUGGCUGAUGCUCUUGGGCUCGGCCGUCUUUGCCGUUUGGUGGGCUUUGGAGGCCAUGAGAGGUCUGCGAUCGCAGCGCUUCAAACAUGCUGGCUGCACCACCGAGCUCAAGGCGUGCCUUCAAAUCCUCCGAUUGCUCUGCAACCAGUCAAGGCCUCCUCCUCUGACUCUGAGCGGAGAUCAACGCCGUAGAGACAUGUGAUUGUGUCAUCCAAA